AUGGAUGAAUAAAUUAUAAAUGUGAUAUUCGACCCCAACUUCACUUCUUUUGAUCAGGAUCUAGCUAAUAUGAACCUAGAUAAGAUGAUGCAAGUUACAUUUUCAGAAGAGAUUUUGCAGAAGAAUUUUUCUGUGAUUAUUUCUAUUCUCAAACAGUUACAUAAGGGCAUGAUACUCAUAAACGGAUAGGUGAAGGACAAUAGUGAUUGGGUGCAGGUAAACAUGCUAUUAAAUGAUAGAAAUUAAGAGAAGAAUCAUAGUCGACUGAUACUAAAGAUAAAGUUGAUGUGAUUGAUUCUCAAGUAAAGGAAAUUCAUUAGAAUUUUGCUACUAAAGCAGAGGUGCAAGCAUUAAAAUAACGAUAUGGUAUCACAUAAUUGUCAAUUAUUUCAUAGAUAAUAUUUUGAGAGAUUAAGAUAUCUAAAUUAAGGAGAUUGCUAAGGCUCAGGAAUAAGAGUAACAAUAAAUAAAUAAAAACGCUGAAGAUAUCAUUUAGAAAUAAGAAUAGAUCGAUAAAAUUAAUGAAGAAUUGGAUAAACUUCGUAAACUAAUCAACGAUUAAAAUCAAAUAAUAUCUGAUUUAUAAACAUAGAAGCCUGACUCUAAUGUUUACCAAAUCUAAUCUAAGCCCUUGUCUGAUGACUCUCUAAAGGAUGUUCAGAAUCGUUUAGCAUAACUUGGUAACAAUUAUUUGUAUAAUAUUAGAAUCCUAAUAUAAGGAAUUACUAAAAUAAUUGAAUAAUCAAUCGAAAACCUUAAUAUAACCAAUCUAAGUGAAAGACUAAGACUACGUUGUGUAACCAAAUUCUGAUGUGGAUUUAACUGACAUAAACAAAAAGUUGGAUAAUCAUGAGGAGGAAAUUUAAAAACUAUUUGAGUUGCUUGAUGAAUUGAGAAAGAAAAACAGGGAAGCAGUCUCAGGAGGAGGAUCUAAUGUUGAUUCUGAAGAUUUAUUGAUUAUCAAAAACGACAUCAAAAAGCUCUUCACUUUAUUAGAACAAUUGCAAACCUAACUCAACUUGGCCUCCUUUGGUAAUUCAGGUGAGGAAGGUAAUAAUGUUGGAGAAAAUCAAAUGGUUAUUAUUUUGGCAGAAAUCAAUAAGAUUAGAGCUCAAUUAGAAAAUUAUGCUACUCAAUCAGAUCUAACAAAUCUUGGCCAAAAAGUUGCAUUAUAAUAAAAAUAAACAUAUGAUCAUAUUGAUGAAGAAAUUGAAAAGGUUAGAAGAGAAUUCAAAAUAAAUCUUGGUAAAAAAGGAGAUUUGACUGAAUAAGAAAAAAUCAAGAAUGAACUUACUUAAUUAAAAGAUAUUCUAAAUAAAUCUAAGCGUGGAUCCUAACCACAAUUAGAUAACAGUCCAAGCAAAGGACCACAAUUAAGUCCAGACUUCUUAAAUACUUUUAAAGAACUACAAGAUUAAGUAGCUCAAAAUGAAUAGUAAUUUUUAUAUUUAUCAUAUCAUUAGAGAAUUAAUUAAUCACAAGUCCCAAUUCUCAUAAAAUGCAUAGUAAGUUCAAUAAAAAAUUGCUGAGAUAGAAAAUAAGAUGAAAUAAACUAAAACUGAUUCAAUCAUUUCAGGAUUGUAGGAAUUAAGAGAAAUCCAAGAUUAAAUGAAAAAGGAUUAAGAUGCAAAUAAGGCCAAAAUAGCUUAGUUUGGAAAGAAGAUUGAUGGAGUGGUUACAAGAGAAGAUCUCUUAGCUCUAUUUGAACCUAAAUUAAAAUAGGUCCGAGAUGAAUUAUCCAAAUCAAUUGAAGAAUUAAGAAUUAAAUUAGAAAAGAAGGCUGAACUCGAAGAUUUAGAAAAACUUUAAAAUGAUCUUGUCUCCAGAUUAGAAGAAGUUGUUUAAGCUCUCAUCAAAUAAUUAGCUAAUAAAUCUGAAACUAAGAAGGCUUUGAUUUAUCUAGAACAGAGAGUAAGAUUUUGUAUUACUAAUUGAAUAGAUUAAUUAAAUAUUCAUGAUGUUAGAAGGAGAAGGAGGAUCUAAGGAUUAAGAAGGCUUGUUUGCUAAAAAGCAACUCUGGUCUUGUGCCUCAUGUGAUAAAGAUUUAGAUAAAUUUAAGGGACAAUUGGGAGAUUAUAGAGGAUGGGCUCAUUUCCCUCCUAAAGAAACUUCUCCAGAAAGAAUGGGAAGAGUAUACAUUCAACAUUAUAUUUAGUUUGGUGUUGGUUACAAAUAAAUGCAAGAAAAAUCAAAAAACAAUAGAGACAAAAUUGAUAAGGAGAGAUAUCAGAAUGAUAAGGACAGACCCAAUAGUCAAGCCAAUCAGUAAUUCUAUUAAACAGGCUCAUAAAUGAGUCAAAGCCAAAACAAUCUACCAAAGAUUAAUAAAUGA